GAAUUGAAAGAUAUAACAUAUUACGGGAGCAUAGAUUAGCACACAAUAUAUAAUCAAGCUGUGUAGAACACACCAUCCAAAUAGCUACUCCUAGUCUUUCUACAACCUAUCAAGAUGCCGUCACACGUCCGCGAAGUCUCCAGAAUCCACCGCAUCGCGUCCAUCCCAGGCGACGGCAUCGGCGUCGACAUCACGGAUGCAGCCGUUGAAAUCCUCAACGUCCUAGCCAAAACUAUCGGAGGGUUCGAAUUCGAAUUCACCACCUUCGAUUGGAGCAGCAAGAAGUUCCUCGAGCGAGGCUGGUACAUGCCGCCCGACGGCCUCGAGCAACUCAAGAAGUUCGAUGCAAUUUAUUUCGGAGCCGUGGGCUGGCCCGAUGUGCCGGAUCAUAUUUCCCUCUGGGGCCUGAUCCUACCCAUUCGGAAGUCACUUAACCAGUAUGUGAAUGUGCGACCGACGAGGAUCUUGGAGGGAACGAAGAGUCCGCUCGCCGAUUGCCAGAGAGAAGACCUUGACUGGGUCAUCAUCCGCGAGAAUAGCGAGGGCGAAUACUCUGGGCAAGGCGGGACAUCGCACGAGUCCUCACCUCACACCGUAGCGACCGAAGUUAGUAUCUUUACACGCGUGGGCAUUGAGCGUAUCAUGCGCUUCGCCUUUGAAACUGCACGGUCCCGGCCGAGGAAGAAGUUGACCAUGGUGACGAAGAGCAAUGCGCAGCGACACGGCAUGGUCCUCUGGGACACGGUGUUCUACGAAGUCGCGAAAGAGUAUGGUGACGUCGAGAUUGACAAGAUGCUGGUGGAUGCCAUGACCGUACGCAUGGUUCUGCAGCCGAAGAGUCUAGACACGAUUGUCGCGACCAACUUGCACGCUGACAUCCUCUCUGAUCUCGCCGCCGCUCUUUCUGGUAGUAUUGGAAUCGCACCGUCAAGUAACCUUGAUCCUACGCGUGCGAAUCCGAGCAUGUUUGAGCCUAUUCAUGGCUCUGCACCAGAUAUCGCGGGUAAGGGCAUCGCGAACCCUGUAGGAGCGUUCUGGAGUGCGGCGGAGAUGGUGAGGUGGGUUGGCGAGGAGAAAGCCGCUGAUGGAUUGAUGAAGGCAGUGGAAAACGUAACUGCGAGGGGCGUGAAGACGAAGGAUCUUGGAGGAGGCGAGGAUACGAAGGGUGUUACGAAGGCGGUAUGUCAGGAAAUUGAGACUCUGUUCGCAUCCACUGUAACCCUCAGCACUCCUUUUCCAAGACCGAACGAAGGGUAUCUUAUAAUUGAGAAGCCAAAUCGUAGUGUACCACAUCUCACUCCAAGAAUAUGGCCGGUAUCUCACUCCUCCCCUCCACAACUCUACUCCUCAUCUUCCUCUCUCUCUGCUUCCGCCCAUCCCCCACUUCCAAAAACUCGAACCAAUUUCUCCACACCCAAACAGCCUUCCCCUCAAUCAACCCCUUGCUAAUCGGCCCAAAGUCAUUGCUAUCAAAGCUCUUGCGCCAAUUAUCCCC